AUGGUAACUCUAUCAAAAAACCAUAGCAAAAAAAGUAUUUCAAGUGCUAUAUGGCUAAUUCAAAUGCAAAUCAAUUGCAUCUAAUGAGUUCAUCGACCGGAAACGCAUCUCAACUGCCCACAAUGGCACAGGGGCACACUACAGCGUCAGCCAUUUUACACAAUUUUCGAGAGUUAAUCAAGGAACCAAAAGGAUUGGACGAUGCUGCAAACUAUUUAUUCCAGGGGCUACUCGAUGAUGUAGUAGCCGGCAUUUUUAUAGAAAUUCAUCAUUUGCGUAAGACCGGCAAUCUGGCAGCACUUGAUGGUGUCGGCGAAGAAAAUGCAGAGUCUGCGUACCGAAUUUGUGAGAUGCCAAAUUUGGACAUUUUUGGCAUAUCAACAGCCAAGAAGCCGAUGGACUGCACCUGCCCAAACUGUGACAGAUUAGUGGCGGCGACCAGAUUUGCACCACACUUAGAGAAAUGCAUGGGCAUGGGGCGCAUCUCAUCUCGCAUUGCCAGUCGACGAUUGGCAACCAAGGAGGGAACCAGCGCAAGCUCCACCUCUACUUCAACAUAUUUACAGUCGGUUGGCAAUACGGGCGGUACCGAUGACGAAGAUGAUGUGGACUGGUCAUCAGAUAAGCGCAAAAAGAAGUCAACACAGAACUCACGAAACAACGGAUCCAAAAAGAACAAUGGAAAAACAUUUUAACGUACUGACGUUGAACUUUAUUAAGCCUUUCUUUAUUGCCUAAUAUAUAAAAUGCAUCGUAUAAGUAAA